ACCGAGCCGUCUUGCUUUAGUGUCGUUACCCACCGCCGUGUGAGCUACCUCCUCUUUCCUUUAGUCUCGUUGUGCUUCAGUUUCCACCGAUCAAAAUGGCCGGACGUCUUUCACUUGCGGUUGCUGUGUCCGUGGUGUGCUCCCUGGUGUCGGCUAUGCCCCUGCAAGUCACCCAGAGCACGUGCGAGAGCCUGCUUCCCGAGGGACUUACUGGGAACCCGCAGACGUCGGAGGCUCCCUACCUCCUGAUGGUGCCCAACGAGGAGAUCCCGUCCGGCUCGCAGAUCAACGUGAUCUUGACCGGCUUCGACCCCAACGUGACGUUCGAAGGAUUCUUCAUCGAGGCUUUCAACGCCGAAGGGCAGCCCAUCGGGUCCUUCGUCAACGCCCCCAAGACGAUCGAAUGUGGAUCCGCAACUGCAGCUUAUCAAGCAGACAGCUCUGCCAAGGUGGUUGAGAUGAUGACCUGGGCAGCUCCUGUUGACAUGGCUGGAAUCGUCACCUUCAGGGCCACUGUGGUUAUGAAUGACGAAUUUUACUGGAACGACGUGACUGCUAAGGCGAUGUUGGCCUAAGGAUAUCUGGAAAACUAAAGCAAGAACUCUUGAAAUGCAUCUCUUUUUGUAUGCUUUCUUAUAAUUUGACUUCCAUUAUUUUUAUAUUCUAUAUGAAUAACUACAAUCUUAUUUUCAAAUCCAUAGCAACAUAUAAACAACAGAUAAAAGAUUAUAGUGUAUUUAUUAUUUAUUGAUAAUAAAAUCUUCAAAUAUC